AUGAAGUUCACCACCUUCUUCACCACCGCCAUCCUCCUGCUCUCGGCAGCGGCGGACGCAUUCCCGCAAUCCCGCUCCCCCGCUGCCACUGCGCCCAAAGCCGCCACCAAAAACAAGGCGGCAACCAAAAGCAAGGCCGCCUCCAGGAACAAGGCCACCACCAAGGCAAAGUCCAAGAGCACAUCCAACAGGGUCCAGUCCGGCGGCAUCAAAAAGAAGACCGCCGCCACCGCUGGCGGUACAAAGAAGAAGACUGCCGCCAAAAAAACCGGCGCGGCAACGUCAUGUCCCAUGCGAGUAAAGGGCAAGGGCGGAAAGCUCGGGAAGCGCACGGGCAACGCCUGUGGCGCCCCGGCGGAGAAGGAGAAGUUUGAAAACUGUGUUCCCUGCAAGGGCCUCAAGAAGCGGGGCAGGGGGCAGAGGGAGAGGGCGGCUGCGGAGAGGGAGAGGACAGAAGCAGUACUGGGCAAGGCUACUGCUGCGCCUGCAGGCCUUCCGAGUAUUGAUGCUCUGAUAGAUAUGAACGAUUGUUGGUCAUGCCCAGGCAACAGGGGUCAAGUCGUCUUCAGAGCUCCCCAAGUGAAGGCGGCCGCGGAAAGACUGGUCAGCAUGAAUGAUGUCCAUGAGACAAUCGUGCCCGAUGAAGGGCGGCCCUGGCCACAUGACUAUGAGAACCAUGAGGGAGAAGCAACAAAAAACGCCCAAAUGAGGCACCCAACAAUUGCGGAGCGUCUCCCGGACUGGUCAAACAAAAAUGAUUACAUAAAAGUCACAUCAAAUAAUGGUAACUAG